UGGCAUUUUCACUUAAGCCAGCGCAUGGAAAUCCAUUGUGUGCAAACAGGAGGUCGUUCCAGCAACCCUAAGCGGAAAAUUUGUUUAAACAACUGAGCAAAUAUUCGGAAAUUCGCCCGCUAGAGAGGGUAAGCCCUGCGAAAAUUGUUGUAGAGAGACCUGCUUUUUUGAGUCGGAAGUCAAUCAGAAAAUAUUUUAACGGCAACAUUCGAACAGCUCUAAAAAAUUCUCAAAACAAAAACUAGGAAAAUAAAUAUUGAACCAACAAGCAAGAAGGACAUUUGCUGCUUCAGUCAAGAAACCGUUUUGCCUAGAGAAUAUACAAACAUAUAUAUUUUUUUGAAAGGCAAGCAAAACGGCACAAGAACAUCUCAUCCACUGGUUAUCUUGAGAAACCAUCUAAGAAGCAAGGAGUAAUUGCAAAUGAUAUCGCUUAUACACUGCUUAUGAAAAAGCUAAUACUACCACCUUAUUGUUAAUCGAUAACAAUAAAUUGGUCCGAUACUUUUCCUGUUCCGAGAUUGUCAAAAAAAAUUGUUAUAAAGAUUGUUACUAUUGACAGUCGUGCCUCUUGGCGUACUUUACUUUGGCUCAUCUCAUAAGAAAACAACUCCUCAUAUCAAGGAUUCCUUCACCAAUCGGAGUCCCUUGGUGAAACUCAAACACUGAUGUAAAUUCAAAUUCCACUGGCACCCGAGAGUCCUCUUUGGAGCUCCCUAUUCCAGUUUCAAUGUCAGACCAGAUGGACAUACCCUUUAUAACGGCGGACGAUUUGGAGGUGCAGGUGCAGAAGCAGGUGAAGUCCCAGGUGCAGUCGGAUGAGGAUGAGUUAUCGCCCCAGGAGCUCUACCGGACGAUGGAUGAGAAUCUGAGGGAACUGGAUCGCCAGUUGCAGAGCGUCUACCGCAUCAGGGGGGAUCGGUACGUGAGCUCCGAGGACCAAUCGGAUGAGGAUCUGACGCCCAGGAUACACUCGUCGAAGAUAGACCGCUAUCCGGAAUCGGAGGAGUCGGUGCUAGUGUUCCAAUCGGAUCCAACUCCCAUAGAGGAGCAGGAGGCGGAGAUGUCCAACUGCAGCCAGAACAACGGGAUGGAGGAGAACUCGGCGGAGUACCGGGUGGGUGGCUAUCAUCCGGUGUCCGUGGGCGACAUCUUCCAGAAUCGCUACCAUGCCAUCCACAAGCUGGGCUGGGGCCACUUCUCCACCGUCUGGCUGUGCUUCGACACUCGCUUGGAGCGCUAUUGUGCAAUCAAGGUGGUCAAGUCGGCGGAGCACUUCACGGAAACCGCCCGCGAUGAGAUCCGCCUGCUCCGCUCCGUGGCCGAUUCCGAUUGGCAUCCGUUGAGGGACCGUCUCGUCGAGUUCCUGGAUCACUUCUACAUUAGCGGCCUGCACGGCACCCACCUCUGUCUGGUGUUCGAGGUGCUCGGCGACAAUCUGCUCACCCUCAUCCAGAGAUCGCGCUACCGGGGCCUGCCCCUCGAGAACAUCAAGCAGAUAGCCCUGCAGGUCCUGGAGGGCCUGUGCUUCCUGCACACCCAGUGCCGGAUUAUACACACCGACCUGAAGCCAGAGAACGUGCUGGUGGUGGCCGACGAUGUGGCCGUCCGGGGUCUAGCCAACCAGGCGACCUCCGACUUCCUGGCAAUCCAGGCCCAGCCCCAGCUGAACAGACCAAGACGUGGUGACCAGAACCAAGACAAUGGCGAUGCCAAGCUGACCAAAACGGCAAAGAAGAGGAUGCGGGCGCGGGCCAAGCUGAGCGUCACCUUCUUCCAGCAGCACCGCCAGUGGCUGCGCCAGCGGGCCAUCGAGGAUCUGCUGAGUCUGGCGGCUCGCGGCCUCCUGCUGCCGACCACCGCCGCCCAGGGCGUCACCGGCAAGCUGCCCUUCAUGCCCUUCUCCUUCGACGGCCUGGUCAUCCUCGAGGAUAGCGACUUGCGCCAGUUGGAGAUGGAGAGUAGGGCCACGGUCGAACGGGUGGGCGAUAUGCCCGGUCCCGGCAAUUCCCAGAAGAGAUCGCCACGCCGCCGUCAACCGAAUACGGAUCAGUCGGCCACGAAUCCAGGCCAGAAGCUGGUUGGCACAUCCGCCGCCCUGCGGCUCCUGUUCAACAGUCCGGAGCAGUUUAUGCGGUAUGUCCAGGUGAGGGCCACGGAAUCGGAUCUGGCGGAGCGGACUCGCCAACAGCUGGGCAGGAAGCUGAGGGGCGUCAGGAAGCACCCAUAUGGGACACGGAAGAAAGGACCCAACUCACAGGUUAAGAUAGAACACCACAAGGAACACAACAAAGCAACCAACUUGGGCAUGAUUUCCCCCAAGGACCCAGCCACCCAGCAUUGUAACCUGAAGGUGAAGAUUGCGGACAUGGGCAAUGGCUGCUGGUUCCACCACCACUUCACCGACGACAUCCAGACGCGCGAGUACCGGGCGGUGGAGGUGAUCCUGGGCGCCGGAUACAAUGAGACGGCCGACAUCUGGAGUGCCGCCUGCCUGUUUUGGGAGCUGGCCACCGGCGGCUAUCUGUUCGAUCCCCUGGUGGCACGCGGCAGGGCAGGCCAGGAUGAGGUGCACAUUGCCAACAUCAUUGAGACCUGUGGACCCAUCCCUCGCGAGCUGAUCGAGCACGGCGAGUACUCGUCGGAGAUCUUCAAGCCCAAUGGCCAGCUGCGCAAUAUCACCCACUUGCAGUCACGUUCGCUGGUUACUGUCCUGAUCACUCAACACGGAUGGGCGCGCCAGGACGCCAAGGAGUUCGUGUCCUUUCUGGAGCCAAUGCUGCAAACAGAUCCGUCCAAGCGCGUCUCCGCCCUGGACGCCAUGCUUCACCGUUGGCUGCGUUUGGAUGGCGACGAGGACUCGCUUCGGGAUCCGGAUCGCCCUGGGGAUCACAAUCAGGAGCGCAUGGAGGCCGGCGGAAACGAGACACGCCCGGGAACCCCCGAUCCGAGGGUCACCAUGAUCUUCCCCGGGGAAAGCGAGGCAUAAAGGCUUCAUUGCCUCCAUCCGGUUGUAGAUCGCCCCGAUCUAAUAGUAUAUCAUAUAUAAAUGUGCUGACUAAUGUAGGUAGACAUUUCAAAUUCUAAUAAAGUGCGCCUG